UAGCGCUGGUAGGAUUUGCAGAAAUGAAGGUCCAAUUUUUACUGGGACUCUUUGUGGUCGGUGUGUUUGUGGCUGAGGCGAGACAAAUCCCAAGGGAGGAUCGGAUUCCUUUCGCCACAGCAUGUUCCUUGAACAUCAACACCCAGCUUCCAAGGCCACAACCCCUCUUCCUGAUCCCGAAUACCGAUCAAUUCCGGUAUCCCGAAUCCAACAAUCGUCUGCUUCAAUUCUUCGCCGGGGAAACGAUUGAGCUCGCAUGUGAGGAAGGAUUCAACGUUGAGCCAACCAAGCGAUCGAUCAUCGUAUCCUGUGUGAUGGAUCAGUUCUUCAACUACGAUAGCCGAGUGUUUUUGUUCAAUGAACUUUCCUGCCUCAAUAACUGGUUCAGCUCAGCAAGACGGACAAAUCGCCCAUGUGAGACUGGAGCCAGUAUCGUGGAAAUCGGUUUUAGCAUGGAAAACAAUCGCUUCCCAAAAAUUAUGGACGUUUGCCACAACGAGAAUACGUUUGAGAACCACUGGAUCAAACACGAGUUCCGACCUGCCCAUGCCGGAUUCCAGCAAGGAGUACCCCGGCCAGAUUGGCAUCAGGGAGAUUUUUAUCCCGGCAUUAAUGUCAACACGCUCUAUACCGUAAACCGUCAACGUCAAACGCUUGCUGAAAUUCUUGGAGAUCAGGAGCUGGCCAACGGAUUAGUUGUUGAUGCGACAAGUGGUAUCUUCAUGGCACGUGGACACAUUGCCGCCCGAGCUGAUUUUAUCUACGGCACGCAACAAAACGCUACCUUCUGGUUCCUGGUUGCUGCUCCUCAGUGGCAAAACUUCAACGAUGGCAAUUGGCUGCGUAUCGAGGACAGCGCUCGGAACUUCGUUGCAGCUCGCAACAUCCACGUGACUGUCUAUGGUGGAACCUAUAGGGUCAACAGUCAACUGAACGGCGCCGGUCAAGAGCGAGACAUUUUCCUGGAUCGCGAUGCCAGUGGAAGCAGACAGCGUCUCCCGGCUCCAGGCAUCUAUUACAAAAUUCUGCAUGACGAACAGAACAAAUCUGGCAUCGUGUUGAUUGGUGUCAAUGACAUUCAUCGAUCGUUGGCCCGUGUUCAGGAUUUCAUCCUCUGCGAAGAUAUUGCCGAUAAGAUUACCUGGAUCAAUUGGGAUAGACGGAACCUCGGUAUGGGAUAUUCGUACGCCUGUGAAGUGAACGAGUUCCUCUCGAAAAUAGGACACUUGAGGGAUCUUCACGUGCCAAACUUGUUGAUUUAAGCCGAAACUUGAACCUGAAACUGUUACAAUAAACCUGAAUAUUUAUUAACGUGA